GCGUCACUCUUAGCUUCGAUCAAGCUAUCAUCCGUAGCUCAAUCAAAAUGGCCCACCAAUCAGCAAAGCUUGGCAACUUGAACCUCAUUAUUUCUACAGUGAUCAUCCUCUCCUUCAUCCCGCCCACAACAGCCCUCCGACGCUCAAACAAACAAUUCCGAGAAUUCUUCCCAGCAUGGGAGCCUCUUCUCAAAGACCAGCUCAAAUACAACUGCUCCUCCGAAAUAGAAGCAUACCUCAACAUAUCAAGUCCCGCCCUUCGUCCAGGCUAUGGUGUCAUCGACUGCAUCCUCAGCACCAUGCCAGAAUUCAGAAAAGCUGAACUCGCAUCGGCUGCCGUCAUUCUUGGUCUCGCGCCAUCAGUGCUUCAGUUACUCAGCGCCUCAUAUCUCGAUACAGCGAUAUUGGCGUAUCGAAGACCGGGAUUAGCGGUGGUGUUGGCGAUGUGUAGUUCUGGAGUCAGGCCGCUUACGGCGACGGAUUAUGAUGACUUUAUCACCAAGAUGGGCACCGAAUCUUCAACUUCUUUUGGUGUACCGCGCUUUGUUGGAGCGAAGGGGAUUGUGUCGUUGGCCGAGUACAUCAUCGCCGCUGCAUCAGUCGCAAACAAUGCAUAUCUCACAUACCAACUCUGCCUCCAAGCAGUAUGCACAUUCGCCCCAGCCGAAGACUUCCUCCCCGCUAUCUGGACCGCUUCAGCUCUAGCCAUUCAUUUCUUCGGAUACAUCGCCGCACGAUUAAAAAUAGCCGUCGAGACGAAAAGCGCAUGGGAAGAUCGAGGAAGACUUUGGUCCGAACUUACACCAACACCAUGGCAGUCAAAGCUUCGCGUCAAAGCUAACGGACGACACACGGGCUGGUUCCUCACUCUUGCUUCAGCUUUAUACGUAGGCGAUUGUCUUCAAGCACUCUUCGGAACGCUUAUCCUGUCGAGUUUGGUCUUUAUUAGUGUGAGAGACUCUGCGAUAAUUGUGAUUCGACUAAUGGGGAGUGCUCUUCUCGCAAGGCUGAUACUGAUUUAUGAAUUGGCGGGGCUGAAGACGGAUGGCGAUGGAUAUACUGCAUCUGAGAGCACCAUCUACUUGCAGUCUCUUCAGCAGAAUGAGAGAAACUUGAGAGGAUCCAGGGUCUUCUCAUAAUUAAGUACGCCAAAACGUGUCGAGGUAAGGUGCGCGACGCAAGCAUCAGCUGUCGGGUCUAUCAACACCAGGGAGGGCGAGUAUAUUGCCCAUAUGUGUUAAUUUGUGUUCUUUACCUUUGUGGGUUGGGGCUGAAGUCUUUUUUGACCUCCAGCCUUAUCACAGGGUCUAUCAACUCAAGAUAAUCACUCUCAAAUACACAUUUCAGGCACUAUACCAACUACACAGCCAAAGGAUGCCUUGCCCUCAUGAAAUCGGUGAAUACAAACACCAUAAAGUCAUUCCUUAUCUAA